CAGUACCAUAAAACGCCUCUCAUCACUCACUAGUGUCUCUCUCCAUUUUAAAUUGCAAACCCGAAGCCAGAGCCAACCAGAGACGAAAAUGGAGCAGACAUUCAUCAUGAUCAAGCCCGACGGCGUCCAGCGAGGCUUGGUUGGUGAGAUUAUAGGCAGAUUUGAGAAAAAAGGUUUUACCUUGAAAGGGUUGAAGCUUAUCAGUGUGGAACGUCCUUUUGCUGAGAAGCACUAUGAGGACUUGUCCAAGAAGCCAUUCUUUAAUGGCUUGGUUGAGUACAUCAUUUCUGGCCCUGUUGUUGCUAUGGUAUGGGAAGGCAAAAAAGUUGUGACAACCGGCCGGAAGAUAAUUGGUGCAACUAACCCUUCUGAGUCUGCUCCCGGCACUAUUCGUGGUGAUUUUGCUGUUGAGAUUGGAAGGAAUGUUAUUCACGGAAGUGACUCAGUUGAGAGUGCUUGUAAAGAGAUUGCACUGUGGUUCCCAGAUGGCGUUGCAAACUGGCAGAGCAGCCUUCAUCCCUGGAUUUACGAGUGAAAAUUUCAUCAUUUAGUGGGAGCUAAGUUCUUCCCUGUUUUAAAUUAUACCAGAUAUAUAGUCUAGAAUCUGAGCCACCAUUGGGAUGCUGCUAUGAGUUUUCUAAUAGUAAAACUUCUCUGUUGCUUGAUUAA